AUGGCAGGUAGUAAUCCAAAGGCCAAGAAGGUAGUGGUGUACCGGAAUGGGGACCCCUUCUUCCCAGGCUCCCGGCUGGUGGUGACUCAGCGCCGCUUCCCCACCAUGGAGGCCUUCCUCUGUGAGGUGACAUCAGCUGUGCAGGCCCCACUGGCUGUACGUGCUCUCUACACGCCUUGUCACGGCCACCCUGUCACCGACCUGGCAGACUUGCAGAAUGGAGGGCAGUAUGUGGCUGCUGGGUUUGAACGAUUCCACAAGCUACACUAUUUGACCCCAGGAGAGAGGAAUUCACACAGGAAGAGCAGCAGACUGCAAGAUCUUCCCAGGACUCGCCGCCUGCGUGAUGAGGCCGUUGAACAGUGGCUGCCUGCAGGUGUCCCCUGCUGUAUCCAUGUGUUCAGGAAUGGGGACCUGGUAAGUCCCCCAUUUAGUCUGAAGCUGUCCCGGGCUGCCAGCCAGGACUGGGACACCAUGUUGAAGCUCCUGACUGAGAAGGCCCAGUUGUCAAGUGGGCCUGUGUGCAAACUCUGCACUCUGGAGGGGCUCACAGUGUCAGCAGGGGAAGCACUGGUGAGUGGCCAUUACUAUGUAGCUGUUGGAGAGGAAGACUUCAAGGCCUUGCCCUAUCUGGAGCUGCUGGUGCCCAGCCCCUCCCUACCUAGGGGCUGCUGGCACCCUCCAGGCCCGAAGCCCAGGCCUCACAGGCAGGGGGCCCAUGGCCAGGGGGUCCAGGCAACCCAGCCCUCUCCAAAGAAACCAAGCCCAACUGAGCUGUCUGCUUUCUAUGCUAGACCCCACCAGGACAUUCAGCCAAGACACAUGCUCCCCACUCUCUCAUUCCCAUCAGGAGUUAAAGGCAUGUAUGGGGCUUCCCACCCAAGGCAUGAGACAGCAGGGGCCCAGGAAGUAGCAGAUGAUGAAGACACCCAGACAGAGGAGCCCUUGGAUCAGAGGACAGCAGAAGUAGUGGAAGAGGCCUUGGCCCUGGAAAACCAGCCUGGGGUUGGGGCUGCAAUCUCAGCCUCAGCCCCCGACCUUUCAUCUUGA